AGGCCGACCCCUCCAUCACGCUUUCUCUCUCUCUCCUGGUCUUUUGCCCACUCUCUAACCUUUCCCCACCCCCUUCUAGGGUUUGCUGCUCCCCUUCUUUCUCCCUCCAUCUCACCGUUCGCUUUGCCCUCCUCGCUUUAGUAUCAGAAACCUAACCCAAAUAGUUGUACUACACUACCACUCCUUUUUGGGGAAGGACUAAUUAAACUAGCUAAUGGAGGAGUUCUCUCAGCUGGGGAGCAAUCUAUGGGGAGGCAUCGUGUGUUCCACAGCAUCCAAACCCGCGACUGAUCAUGACGCUGCAAUGGUCGCUGCGGCUCCACAUCCUCCACCUACUUCCGGAGCCGCCGCUCAUGCUUCCAUAUUCGACAAGGCCGGCGGCUGCGGCAUCCCCACCGCUGCCCUCCUCGCCGGCCGCCAAAACUCCUCCGCCUCACUUCUCUUUCAGCAGGGUAAGCACGAGGUCGGCCUCGGCGGAGCCUCCUCCUCCCAUUUUCCUCCCACCUCCGACGUCGACGCCAUCAAGGCCAAGAUUAUCUCCCACCCCCAGUACUCCAGCCUCCUCGCCGCCUACAUCGACUGCCAAAAGAUCGGAGCGCCGCCGGAAGUGGUAGACCGGCUCUCUGCCGUAGCGCAAGAGUUGGAAAUGCGGCAGCGGGCGAGCUUGAUCUGCCAGGACCCUCCCACCGACCCCGAGCUCGACCAGUUCAUGGAGGCCUACCACGAGAUGCUGGUCAAAUACAGGGAGGAGCUGACGAGGCCGUUACAGGAGGCCAUGGAGUUCUUCCGCAGGGUCGAGUCGCAGCUCAACUCUCUCUCCCUCUCCGAUGCCUCCCUUCGCAUCUUGACGGCAGAUGAUAAGUUUGGGAUUUGCUCUUCUGAAGACGAUCAAGAUGGAAGCGGAGGCGAAACCGAACUCCCAGAGCUGGACGCAUCCGUCGAAGACCGCGAGCUGAAGCACCAACUCCUGAAAAAGUACAGUGGCUAUCUGAGCAGCUUGAGGCAAGAGCUGUCCAAGAAGAAGAAGAAAGGCAAGCUCCCGAAGGAUGCACGGCAGCAGCUGCUCAACUGGUGGGAACUUCAUUACAAAUGGCCAUACCCUUCUGAGACGCAGAAAGUGGCCCUGGCGGAAUCAACGGGGCUCGACUUGAAGCAGAUCAACAACUGGUUCAUAAAUCAAAGGAAGAGGCAUUGGAAGCCUUCGGAGGACAUGCAGUUCGUGGUGAUGGAUGGCUAUCAUGCUCCAAACGCUGCUUUGUACAUGGACGGGCAGUACUUCAUGUGAGAGGAACUCUGUCGUCUCGGACCUUGAAUUGAGGUCAGCUAUGGUACCUACAACCUAAUUAGACCUCGUCCUAAGCGAGUCAUAUAAUUAUAUUUAUUUGGGCAGGUUAACAAUAAGCCUGUAAGCCGUCGUCUGUAUUAUUAUUAAUUGCAUUGUGCCGGGUGCUGUACACUCUGCUACUCGUGGCUACGUCUAUUUAUGGUGUUGUAAAAGAAAAUACUCUGUUCGUAUAAUUAUUUAAUACCUCGCAAAUUUUAUUAA